AAAUAUCUCUCUUGCAACACAUCCCGUGACUACGCGCCUGCGCCCGCCCCCAUCGCCCUCAACCCCGUCGGCCUCUCUCUUCCCCUCCGCAUGCUGCCCCCGCACCGCCGCCCACUCCCGGUCGCUCCCACGUUCCGGGCCGCCGCUGUGCCCACUGUCUUGGCCGGCGCCGGCUCCUACCAGCACCCCGAUGUCCACCUCUGCCACCGGCCACGCUCACGCUUUGGUCCACCGCCGGCCGCGCCCAUGUCGAUGGCCACUGCCUGCUUCCGCCCUAACGCCAAUGACCCGCUGCAGGAUGCCUUCCACGCCGUGUGCCCCCACCGUCGGCUGCCCACGCUGAUGGCCGCUGACUGCUCCUGCCGAACGCGUUCACAGAAAGGGGAGGUUGGGAACUUUGGCAACUGGACUUUGGUCAAUGGCGCUGGCUGCGUUUUCUCCUCCACCACCAGUCUUGGCUUGAUCCGCUCCUCUUUUAGUCAAGUAUGCUAUUCCUUCAUUUUGGACCCACCUACACUUUCUCAGAUAACCAACGCAUGGUAUCGAAGGUGGAAUUGAUAUAGCACUGUGCAGGUGGCCAGGUGAUGAACCAAGAGGGCUCAAAUCCAAGCUGUGAUGUGGCGAUGAUGAGCAACUUGCACAAGAACCCAGA